AUGGACCAGCUCUUCGCGGCUGCUCUCGAGGAGAUCGCUCUUGAAGGCCGUGACGGCUGCUCCCUUACCGCGCUGCUGCGCCUGCUCUCCCCCACGUGCCAGCAGCUCCGCCUGCCCCUUCCCCUAGACCCCGCCUUCCGCCAGUUGCUCUUCUCCCGCCUCCUCCGCUGCCCCUCCCUCUCCCUCCUCUCCCAUCGCCCCCUCCCCGGCUUCGCUCCCUUAGAAGAGUCUGUUUUGGAUGGUUAUGGUGCAGGGGGAGGGGGAGGAGAGGAGGGAGGAGAGGAGGGAGGAGGCGGAGGAGGAGGAGGGGUAGGGCUGGGAAAGGCUUUAUCGGAAGCAGCAGCGGGGAGGGGGGAGGAUGAGUGUGGAAAUGAAGAUUCGGGAGGAAAGAAACAGAAACAAAACCAGAAGAAGAAACCUGGGAAGGAGAAGCCGGUGCGUAACCGCGACCUCAUGAUCGACACUCUGGAGCUUGUUGGCAAGACCAGGCGUGGCGGAGUGUCCCCGGCGCAGCGCAGGUGGCGAGGACGAUGCGGGCGCGGCGGGGUGUCUCAGGCGCAGCUGGCCAAGACAAUGCGGGCGCAGCUGGCCAAGACAAUGCGGGUGAAGAACAACAACUUCCACUACGUGGCACAACUGGCGAAGACAAUGCAGGUGAAGAACAACAACUUUCAUUACGUGCUGCGAUCGCUGGAAGCCAGAAACCUCAUUGCCAUGCACGCUGUCGUCACCCGCAACUCCCUCGCUCCCAACUCUGCUGCUGCUGCUGGUGCCACUGGUUCUGGUGGUGGUGGUGCUGCUGCCUCGCACGCGUGCCGUACCAAUAUGCUCUACCUGUCUCGCUUCUCACCCGCGAGCAUUACGGGGCAGGGGAACUACCACCUCCCACGUUCUGCUUCUGAAUCCGCUGCUGCUGCUGCUUGUGCUGCUGGAGAGCAGUUGGGCACGGGGGGAGGUGCAAGCGACAGGUGGGAAGCUGGUGCGGAGGCAGAGGCAUUUUUUAUGGCUGCAGCAGGAGGUGGGGCAGGUGGGGGAGGAGGGGGAGGAGGGGGAGGAGGGGGAGGAGGGGGAGGAGACAUGCAAUGGGGUGGAGGGAGAGAGGGGAGCGAGGGGAGAGGAGACGCAGGGCAAGGAGGGCGAGGGGGGCAAGGAGGAGGCGUGGGGGUUGGAGGAGAGAGUGGGGAUGGGAGCGUGCCGGGAGGGUCGGUGGUGCUGAGGGGAGUGGAUGAUGACGUGGCAGCGAUUUUGUCCAUAUGCGAGUACCUUUCUAACGUGCAGGGGCAGGUGGGUGCAGUGCUGCAGAGAGAACCAGCCUCACAUGGAGUUCCAAUGGAUCACGGUGUGACAUAUUCUUUCGUUGCCAUCCUUCCCGUUCCCCCUCUUCCCCCCAUCCGCCCCUCUUUAUGCUCCUUUCACCACCCUCUCAUGCGGAAUGACAUGACCCACCCUCCUUUCCUCCGCCCUCUCUAUGUUCCCGCUCUCCCCUCCUCCCCUGUUCGUUGUGCGUUGACUUUACUGUGCCCAUCAGGUGCUAGUCUGCAGUACCGCAUGGUGCAGGCAGGCAUCAUCCGCAUCUUCCAAGCCUAUGUGGACAGCAGGGUACGCCACCUGCUGCGCUCUCUCUCCCCUUUACUCUCUCCUCCUUCCUCUCUCCUCCUUCCUCUCUCUUCUUUGCCUGCCUGCCUGCCUGCCACACACACCUCUGAUCUCCUCCUGUUGAAGCAUAGCCUGGCUUUCGUACUUGCUACUCCUGGCGGGGGCGAUGGCGGGGGGCAUGACCACUGUCCCUCCUCCAUUUCUCCUCCACUCACACUCCCUGCGUCCCCCCUCCCUUCCCCCGCUCGUCCUUCCUUCCUGCGUCCCCUCUCCUCUUUCCCCCCCUGCCCCUUCACUUCCCCUCCCUUCCACCCUCCACUCCCUCCCUUUCUACCCUCCUUCACCGCGCAGCUGGCGGGGGCGAUGGCGGGGGUGGGCAAGAAGCGGUUCUACCGCAUAGUGCAGGACCUGCAGGAGAUGAAGCUCAUCACCGCCCAUGCCGAGAACCACCAGCGCAUGACCGUCUACCGCCUGCGUGCCCUGGGGCCCCCUCCUCCUCCUGCUGCUGCUGCUGCUGCUGCUGCUGCUGUUGCACCUCUGCUGCUGGGAGCAGCGGUGGGCGACGGAGGUGGCAGGGGGGGAGGAGGAGGAGAGGGAGGAGGGGGAGGGGGAGCGGGAGGAAGAGGAGGGGAAACAGGAGGAGUGGCAGCAGAAGCGGUGGGUGGGGUGGAUGAGGAGGAUGGAGGAGGGAGUGGAGAGGAUGGGAGGGAGGAGGAUGGGUUUGGAGCACUGGCUAUUGUGCCUUCUGCUACUGCUGUUGAGGGGUUUCCUGGGUACGUGGUGAAUUCUCUCAGGGAGGAGUGGAAGAGAGGGAAGGUAAGGGGAGUGGUGCAGGAGAAAAGAGAGGGAGGCCGCGAGGGAGAGGGAGAGGAAAGGGAGGUGCGGUUGAGGGAAGGGACGAGGAGAACGAGGCUGGUUGGGGGAAAGGAAGGGGUAGGGCAAGGGGUAGAGGGAGGGGGAGGGGGAAGAAUGAAGCAGGGGAAGACACAACAGCCGAAGGAGAGAUUGCUAGGCAAGGCAGAGGGAGAGGGAGAGGGAGAGGGAGGGGGAAAGGAAGGGGUAACGGAGUUGUGGUUGAGGAAAGUGAUGAGGAGGAAGCCGGUGAUAUGGGGACUGGUAAGGGGAGGGGGAGGGGGAGGGGGAGGGGGAGGGGGAGAGGGAGGGGAAAGGGGAGGGGGAGGGAGAAGGGAAAGGGGAGGGGGAGUGGGAUUGGGAUGGGCAGGGACAGUGGAGCUGCAGCAAGCGAGUGCUGUGGUGGCGAGAGCUGAUACGUCUGCGAGAGGGGAUGAAGAGCAGGCGGAUGUGGAGUCAAGAGCGUUGACGUUGACGGGGGAAGCAAUCCAAGUAGGGCAGGAGGGGCAUGUGGGAGAGUAUGUGGGAGAGUAUGUGAGAGAAGAUUCUGUGAUUGCGGUGGGGGAGGAGGAUUCUGUAGUUGCGUUGAAGUUUGAGGAUUCUGUGAUUGCACUGGAGGAGGAGGAGUGUGAGUUGGUUCUAGCUGCAGCAGUGGGUGAGGGAGAGGAUGAGAGAGGGAGGCACGGACGCAAGCGCAGGAAGAUUGAUUUUGGAGUGAAGGGGAAGGGAGAUGGUGAAACGGGAGAUGGUGACACGGGAGAUGGUGACACGGGAGAUGGUGACACGGGAGAUGGUGACACGGGAGAUGGGAAGCGGGAUGGGAAGGCGACAGCAGCAGCAGCGGCGGCAGUUAGAGGAGAGAGGACUAGAGCUGGCUCGUUGCUGGCUGCUGCUGCUGCAGCGGCAGCGGUUGAAGGGGCAGGGGCAGGUGAAGGGGCUGGCAUGGUAUCAGGGCAUCCUGCUACCUCCACCUUCCCUUCCCUGGACUGCCCUUCUCCCUCAUUCCCCUCCCCACACACAAACCUCGCCCAUGGUACUUCUCCUCCUUUCUCUCCUGCACCCGCUUCCCAUUCUCUCCUUCCUUCUCUUGCUUCUUCCACUCCUCCUCCCGCUCCCCUGUCUGCUGUCUCGCUCGCACUCGUAUCCCAGGGCCCUUCUAAGCCCAUCAUCUCAAGGGCCAAUCAGAUAGCGACGCGCUGGGAGCUGUACUGGCACAUGGUGGUGGCAGAGCUGGCCUUCCUCAACCCUCCCUUCCUCCCCCUCCCCUCCACCUCUCGUCCCCACCAGGCCAAUCAGAUAGCGAAACGGUGGGAACUAUACAGACACAUGGUGGCGGCAGAGCGGGCCUUCCGAGCCGCCACCAUGGAUCGCAAGACCCUCAACCGCAUUCUUGGGGCGUGCCCUGCUCAAGCGCAUGCUCCUCUCCGUGCCGGGCGUUUCCAGACGGCCAAUCAGAUAGCGACGCGGUGGGAGCUGUACAGGCACAUGGUGGCGGCAGAGCGGGCCUUCCGAGCCGCCACCAUGGAUCGCAAGACCCUCAACCGCAUUCUCGACGCCAUGCGUGCGCGCGCCCUGCUCAAGCGCAUGCUCCUCUCGGUGCCGGGGGUUUCCAAUGGCGGCCAGGCGCGCACUCUCGAGAUCGUGCUUUCCGGGAGCGCCGAUGCGAGCCCAGAGGCCCUUGCAGCGGUGAUUGCGCGGCAUCGGAGGCAGGAAAUGGAGAAUGCGAGGGGGGGCGCGGAUGUGAUGUGGGGGAAGAAGGCGGAGGGGAGAGGGGGUGGAGGAGGAGGAGUGGGAGGAGGAGGAGGAGGAGGAGGGGAAGGAGAGGGAGCAGGUGAAGGAGGAGGGGAUGGAGGGGACGAGCAGAAGCAGCAGACAAGAGGUGAUGGCAGGAUUGUUGUUGGUGCUGCUGGCAAUGCUGCUGCUGGCAGUGGUGCUGGUGGUGGUGGUGUUGGUGGUGAUGGUGGUGGUAACAGAGUAGGGACGCGGGCCAACAGAUAUAAGGUGCAUUCGUUUCAGGAGAUCAAGGCGAAGCGAGGGGCUGGGGAGGGCGAUGGUGAGGGCGAGGGUGAGGGUGGGGGGCGGGUGGCUAUACCAGUGCUGAACAACAUAGAGAGGCGGCUCUUGGGGCGACAGCUAGAUGCUGUGAGGAGGAGAGAGCAGCGCCUGGGUGUUGCUGCCUCUGUGCUGGUGCGAGACAGGUUAGGCGGAGGGGUGGAUGGGGGUGGGGUUGGGGAUGGGGAUACGAAGGUGGAUAUGGGGGAGGUGGGUAUUGAUGAUGUGAGUAUGGGGAGGAGUGGUGUGUUGGGGGGUGUGGGAGGUCAGGGGAAAGCAGGAGGGCAUGGUGUGAAAGAGGAGAGGGUUUCAUGGGUUGGGAUGGAGGCAGGGGAUGUUGCUGGUGCUCGUGCUGUUGCUGCAAGAGGCGGAAUCAGAGCGGCAGGAGGAGCGGGAGUAGCAGCGGGAGGAGCAGCGGCAGGAGCGGCAGGAGCUGUGCGGAGCGCAGCAGGAGGAGGAGCGGGAGAAGCUGCAGGGUCAUUGGCUCUGGGAGGAGGCGGAAGGCUUGUGAGGGGGUUGAGAGGGGACGAAGCAGAUGACAGGGUGGAUGGGGGUGUGGUCGGAAGGUUCCAGGGAAGGAGGUUGCGACAGGAUAGGGAGUUUGACGGGCAGGAGAGAGGGAAUUCGAUGGCGGAGAAGCAAGGAAAGCACAGGCAGCAGCAGCAGCAGGUGCAGAGGACCAGAGCGGUUCUAAGCGGUGGGAGAGCAGCAGAGAGAGAAGAGCGAGGAGAGGGAGCAGAUGGAGGAGAGGGAGGAGAGGGAGAAGAGGGAACAGUGGCAGCAGUGGGAGCAGUGCGAGGGGAGGUGGGGGAGGGAGGGGAGGAGGAUGCGGAGGCGGAGCUGUGGAGUGUGAGGAGGCGGUAUGGGUAUGUUCCAGCUAAGAUGGUGCGUGCGCGGCAACUGCACCUCUUCCUCUGGUCCCAUGUCAAGUCGAGGGACACAAACACAUUCGAGCCAAACCUAGAUUCCGACAGCACCCAGGGGUGCAAGUUUGACCUGGCUACGCUUGUGCACGCCAUGCCUCUGGAGUUGUUCCUUCAGAUUGUGGGUGCGAGUCAGGACAUCCCGUCUCUAACACCCCUGGCAUUGCAAGGCAAGCUGGUGCGGGACCUUCCGCCCUCGCUGCUGCAGACGCUAUUUGAUGCCUCAGCACGCAACCGCCUCUCACGCAUCUUCAACCUGCUACAACGCCUGCAGGUGGGUCUGAGGGGGCGAAGUUGGGUGCAGAUGGGUGGGGGUGGGUGCCCCUGGCGCUGCAGUGCAAGCUGGGAGACCAGCCGCCCUCCCUCCUGCACAUGCCUCGGCACGCAACCGCCUCUCACGCAUCCUCAACCUGCUGCAGCGCUGGCAGGUGGGUUCAAAGGGGCUGAAUUUGUGCCAAAUUAA